GUAUACCAAACGGCAAUACGCGCCUCUCUCUCUCUCUCUCUCUCUCUCUCUCUCCCCUCCUUCCCUUCCCUCUCUCUCUCUCCUCAAUUCCCCAUUCCACCAACGCACGCACCAACCCGCCAUUCCCUCCCAAAACCAAAUCCCCCGUCGACGCGAGAGGAAUCCAAUCCUCCGAAUCGUCUCCCAAUCCCGCGCGCCGUGUAGAUCGACAGAUACAAUUGCUAAUUAGUACAAAAUGGCUAUAAGCUUCAAAUAUUGGGAUGACUGCUUGGAUCCAGAGGAUAUGCAAUUAAUGUGGGCUGAUCCUCAUGUAAGUAAAGAGUGGAUUGAUGCUGGGGAAGGGCCGGGACAGAAGGUUCACCUGUCACGGGAUCCUGAUGGUGAGGCAUAUCUCACACAAACUGAAAUGAUGGCGGUGGCUGCAAUUACUGUUCAUAAGCAUUUCAAGUCACAGCUAGACCCGUAUAUGAUAGGUGCCCUUGCAGAAAUUGCAAGUGGAAGGAGACUCUUUGUCGAUAAUUAUGACCGAAAGACUAAGGAGAUCAAAGCUGGCAUAAUGCAGGUGACAAUAGAAGUUGCUCAAUGGCUUGGCAGGGAAUUGGGUUACAAGUAUUAUGACAUUGAAGAAGAUGCUAAUUUGCUCUAUUGGCCUUUUGUGAAUGUCUACUUUGGUGCUGCUUAUGCAAAAUGGCUAUUCUCAUGUGACGAUAAAGAAAGAACUGAAGAAUUCGUUGUUAGAGCUUACAAGGGAGGCAAAAAGAAGGCUGUUCACAAAUCAACUUCCCCCAUCUUUCAACGCUAUCUUUAUGUGAAGGAGGCCUUGCUGUCUAUGAGACAGCCAGAAAGUUUUAAUGAUUUAACUCCUAAUCUCCUAGCCAAUUCCUCGAGCACAGAAGGACAGUUGAUUUAUUGGGAUUCCAAGGUAUCAGAGGUAGAUAUGGAUGCGAUGUGGAGUCAGCCCGAUGUGAUUAAGGAGUGGACAAAAUCUGGUGAGAGGCGAGGAAAUGUGAGGUUUUCUCAUGACUCCAAGAGGAGGCCUUAUCUUUCUCGAGUUGAGGUGAAGGCUGUUGCUGAAAUAACCAUAUCACGUCAUUUGAGCUCAAAAGGAGUAACACCAGAAGCCCUAGCUGCUCUUGCUGAGGUGUGCAGUAUGCGUUUUGUCCAUGGUGUUCGUUCUCGUACUGGCUUGAUGGGAAUAGACUACCCUACUGCAGCAUGGCUUUACAGAGAUUGUGGCCAUAGGGCGUAUACUGUCAGCUCCGUAGAUGAUCUAUACAAUCCUUUUACAUCAAUGUACUUUGGCGCAGCUUACUUGGGAUGGUUGUCACAAUAUGAAGGAAGAGAAAGAAGUCACGAGUUCAUUGUUCAGGCAUACCUUGGGGGACCAGAAAACGUUAGCCUUCAGGAGACUGGCCCAUUUUGGAACAAAUUCCUGGAGGCCUUAAGACUAUACCAAGAUCCAAAGAAGGAACAAGCAAGCUGUUGUAUUUUGUAAAAGUUGUCCUGAUGUGCCCUUAUGUCUUUGUUUGGUGAAGGCUCCCACUCAAAGGAUUCAACGCUAACUAGCAACGGGCUUGCUUGGAUUCCAUUUGUACAUAUUUGGUCAUUUGAUACCCUGCUCGUGUUCCAGUUUUCAACUGUGGUUGAUCCCCACUGGGUGCUCACAGAGCUAUGCCCUCCUCUUCUUCUGUCCAUAUAUUUUGCUUUUCUGUACUAAAUAUAUUAACGGCCUUUUUUUUUCUGCAUACCGGUAUGUUAUAAAAAUCACUUUUGAUAUAUAGAUACCCAAAAGGAAUUGACUCAAACAAAAUUAAAAAGGAAAAAGGUUCAAUUACAUAAGACUACUGUUUUAGGAAAAAUGUUUCAUGGAGGAUUGUUAGUUCUUCAUUACAGACUAGAGAAUGUAAAAUUUUCAGGCAUAUUGCUUAUGGCUCAUUAUACAUCUCAAAUGAAAUUAGGGUCCCCUUUUUUAUUUUUUA